AUGAAGGGUGUCAAAAGUACCGAGCGGCAUAUUUCGAGAUGUUCAAGGGUUCGUACGUACAGUAAGAGCAGCUGGGCAUUGGGUGACAACGCAAUAGGAACCUGGACGCAAGGCGACUUCAUUCGCAUGGACACAAAGACGCAAGGCAUUCAAUUCAUGGGCCGCAGCGAUGGCGUGUUGAAUCCCUCAGGAGUGCGCUUUGGCAGCGCGGAAGUAUACAACUGUCUAACAACAUUUGCGGACUUGGAAGAUUCACUAUGCGUCGGGCGACGUCGACCUCAAGAUUCUGACGAACUUGUUCUACUGUUCGUGAAGAUGAAGUCCGGUCACCCAUUCAGCAAUGAGCUACGAGCUGCAAUAAAUGAACGCAUAAGAACGCAGCUCAGUGCAAGGCAUGUUCCAGCCUUCACUUGCGAGACUCCUGACAUUCCGAUGACGGUGAAUGGCAAGAAAACAGAAGUAGUCGUCAAGAAGAUCGUUUCUGGCCAAAAGAUCAUACCAAGCUCGACGAUUGUCAAUCCGGGGUCGCUGAGAUGGUAUGAGCAAUUCGCUUCCAUGGAAACGAAGUUGUUCCGAAACGAUGAGCCGCGAAGAAUCAAGCUGUAG